ACUAAUAAGAAGACACUAAGUUGAGAGGAAGGACUGGGUUUAUUAUAUUUUGUAUGUGUCUCCAGUGUUACUGGUUUACUUCUCAGUCUCCCGAAGAUGAAUGAUUUGGAGGAAGAGGAGGACGGAAUAUCCAGCUGUCUGUCUAUGACGAGCGACCAGUCUAAAGGUGAUCCUCCACACUUCAGUAAUGAACCUGGACCCUCAAACACAAAACAGAGAGCAGAGUCUCCAGUAUCCAGCUGUCUGUCUAUGAAGAGUGACUGGUCCAAAGAAGAACCUCCAUAUUUCAGUAAUGAACCUGGACCCUCAGACACAAAACAGAGAGCAGAGUCUCCAGUAUCCAGCUGUCUGUCUAUGAAGAGUGACUGGUCCAAAGAAGAACCUCCAUACUUCAGUAAUGAACCUGGACCCUCAGACACAAAACAGAGAGCAGAGUCUCCAGUAUCCAGCUGUCUGUCUAUGAAGAGUGACUGGUCCAAAGAAGAACCUCCAUACUUCAGUAAUGAACCUGGACCGUCAAACACAAAAGAGAGGAAGAUGAGGGGUGUUUCUGUGGAGGAGCAGCUGUCCUGCUGUUCUUUGUGUCAGGAUGUCCUGAAGGAUCCAGUCUUUACCAGCUGUGGACACUGGUUCUGCAGACAGUGCAUCACCUCAUACUGGGACCAAUCUGCUUCAUCAGGAGAUUCCUCCUGUCCUCAGUGUGCAGAAAGAUCCAGAACAAGACCUGGACUGCAGACAGACAGUCAGACCAGCGCUGUACAAACAGAAAGUGGUCUGAAGGAGGUUUUAGAUGAACAUAAGAUAAGUCUGAGGAGGAGAUGUGAAUGCGUGACUGAGGGAAUUGAUGAAGCAGGAAGUGAAACCCUCUUCAACAGAAUCUACACUGAGCUCUACAUCACAGAGGGACAGAGUGAAGACGUUAAUACCCAACAUGAGGUGAGACAGCUUGAAAGAGCUUCCCAGAUGGAGACCCUCCAUGACACUCCAAUCAAGUGUCACGACAUCUUUAAAGUAUUACCUAACCAACAGAAACACAUCAGAGUUGUUAUGACGAACGGCAUCGCUGGCGUUGGAAAAACCUUCUCAGUGCAGAAGUUCACUCUGGACUGGGCAGAGGGCUCGGAAAACCAAGAUGUCAGUCUGGUGAUUCUGCUUUCGUUCAGGGAGCUGAACUUGAUCAAAGAUGAGCAGUAUAGUCUCCUCAUGCUGAUCCAUGUUUUCCAUCCAACAUUACAGAAGGUCACAGCAGACAAGCUCGCUGUCUGUAAAGUUUUGUUCAUCUUUGAUGGCCUGGAUGAAAGCAGACUUUCACUGGAUUUCAACAACAUGAAGGUCGUAUCUGAUGUCACACAGAAGUCAUCAGUCAAUGUGCUGUUGACAAACCUCAUUGAUGGGAAGCUGCUUCCCUCGGCUCUCGUCUGGAUAACUUCCCGACCUGCAGCAGCCAAUCAGAUCCCUACUACAUGUGUUGACAGGGUAACAGAAAUACGAGGCUUCACUGAUGCCCAGAAGGAAGAGUACUUCAAAAGGAGAUUCAAUGACGAAGAGCUGUCCAGCAGAAUCAUCUCGCACCUCAAGACAUCCAGGAGCCUCCACAUCAUGUGUCUCAUCCCAGUCUUCUGCUGGAUCACUGCUACAGUGCUGGAGCACAUGUUGACUACAGACCAGAGAGGAGAGCUGCCCAAGACCCUGACUGACAUGUACUCGCACUUCCUGUUGGUUCAGACAAAGAGGAAGAAGCACAAGUAUGAUGAGGGACAUGAGAUGAGUCCACAGGAGCUGACGGAGGCUGACAAGGAAGUUCUUCUGAAGCUGGGUAGGCUGGCGUUUGAACAACUGCAGAAAGGAAACAUCAUGUUCUACCAAGAAGACCUGGAGCAGUGUGGUCUUGAUGUCACAGAGGCUUCGGUGUUAUCAGGAGUUUGUACAGAGAUCUUUAAAAGAGAGAGCGUGAUCUUCCAGAAAACAGUCUACUGCUUUGUUCAUCUGAGCAUUCAGGAGUUUCUGGCUGCAGUCCACAUAUACCACUGUUACACCAACAAAAAAACAGACUUACUGGAGGACUUCCUAGGAGAUCUGGAUGAUGACGACGAUGAUGAUGAUGAUGAUGAUGAUGACAGAGACAAUCACUUUUACCGAUCUCUUGAUGUCUUCCUGAUGAGAGCCAUGUCCAUAUCUUUCGGCAGUCGAAAUGGCCACCUGGACCUGUUUGUUCGCUUCCUUCAUGGCCUCUCUCUGGAGUCCAACCAGAGUCUCUUAGGAGGCCUGCUGGGUCAGACAGAGAACAGUCCAGAAGUCAUCCAGACAGUCAUCAAUAAACUGAAGGAGUUGAACUCAUACCUGGUAGAUUUCAAUGCUAACAGAAGCAUCAACAUCUUCCACUGUCUGGUGGAGAUGAACGACCGCUCAGUACAUCAGGAGAUCCAAGAAUUCCUGAAGUCAGAGAACAAAUCAAAGAAGGAACUCUCUGUGAUGCACUGCUUUGCUCUGGUCAACAUACUGCAGAUGUCAGAGGAGGUUCUAGAUGAGUUUAACCUGGAGAUGUACAACACAUCACCUGAGGGACGACUGAGACUGAUCCCAGCUGUGAGGAACUGCAGAAAGGCUCGACUUUCUAGCUCUGGACUCUCAGAGACUCACUAUGAAGUUGUGGCCUCAGCUCUGAAGUCCAACCCCUCCCAUCUGAGAGAGCUGAACUUGAGUCUCAAGGACCUGGAGGAUUCAGCAAUGAAGCUUCUGUGUGCUGGACUGGAGAGUCCAAACUGUAAACUGGAGACUCUGGGAUUGUUCAGCUGCAAUGAUUUGUCAGAGAUCAGCUGUGCUUCACUGGCCUCAGCUCUGAAGUCCAACCCCUCCCAUCUGAGACAGCUGCAUGUGGACUACAGCAAGCUUCGGGAUUCAGGAUUGAAGCGGCUGUGUGAUUUUCUGGAAAGUCCACAAUGUAGACUGGAGACUCUGGGAUUGAGUCACUGCAGUUUGUCAGAGAUUAGCUGUGCUUCUCUGGCCUCAGCUCUGAAGUCCAAUCCUUCCCAUCUGAGAAUGCUGGACUUGGAGGGAAACAUGCUUCUGGAUUCAGGAUUGAAGCUGCUAUGUGAUUUUCUGGAGAUUCCACACUGUAGACUGGAGGUUCUGAGGUUGGGUCACUGCAGAUUGUCAGAGAUCAGCUGUGCUUCUCUGGUCUCAGCCCUGAAGGCCAACCCCUCCCAUAUGACAGUGCUGGAUCUGGUGGGAAACAAGUUUCAGGAUUCAGGAUUGAAGCUGCUGUGUGAUUUUCUUGAGAGUCCACACUGUAGACUGAAGAAACUGAGAUUGGGUUCCUGCAGUUUGUCAGAGAUCAGCUGUGCUUCUCUGGCCUCAGCUCUGAAGUCCAACCCCUCUCAUCUGAGAGAGCUGAUUCUGGAUGAAAACAAGCUUCUGGAUUCAGGUUUGAAACUGCUGUGUGAUUUUCUGGAGAGUCCAGACUGUGGACUGGAGACUCUGAGAUUGAGUUACUGCAGUUUGUCAGAGAACAGCUGUGCUUCUCUGGCCUCAGCUCUGAAGUCCAACCCCUCCCAUCUGAGAGAGCUUCACCUGACAGGAAACAACCUGAAGGAUUCAGAUGUGAAUCUGCUGUCUGAUCUUAGGAAGAGUCGACACUGUAGACUGAAGAAACUGAGAUGGUGAUGAUGCCUUUCAGAGUGUGAGUGAACAUCCAGG